GGCGACGUCAGCUGCGCGCGCCCCCCAGCCGAGGCGGACGCGGCGCGGCGCGGAGCUCCCGGCGCAUGGAGCCGCCGCCGGGCAACGCGUCGCGGGCAGCGGCCGCCAACGACAGCAGCGCCGCGGCGGGGCCGGGCCCGGGGGCGGGGACGGGCGCGGGGGCGGCGCUGCUGGCGCUGUCGGCGCUGGGCAACGGCGCGGUGGUGCUGGCCAUCGCGCGGCACCCGCAGCUGCGCACCGUGCCCAACGCCUGCGUGCUGUCGCUGUCGCUGUCGGCGCUGCUGGGCGCGCUGCUGGCCGGGCCGCUGGCGCUGGUGCCGCGGCCGCGCUGCGGGCUGUGCGCGGCGGGCGCGGCGCUGCACGCGGGGCUGGGCGGCGCCGCCGCGCUCACCACGGCGCUGCUGGCCUUCGAGCGCUACCGCGCGCUGGCCCGCCCGCCCCGCCGCCCCCUCGGCCGCCGCCGCGCCGCGCAGCUGCUGGCCGCCGCCUGGCUCCUGGCCCUGGCCCUGGCCGCGCCCGGCUACGCGCUGGCCGCGCUCGGCCACGGCCCCGGGCCCGGCCCACGCUGCCUGCUGCUGCCGCCCUCCUGGCGCCUGUACCGCGCUGCGCUCAUCGUGCCCUGCUACCUGCUGCCCUUCGCCCUCAUGUGCUUCUGCCACUACGGCAUCCGCCGCGCCGUGCGCCUGGCGGCCGCCCGCACCCAGCCCCUGCCCUCGCCCUUUCCCCGGCCCUCGCCCGAGACCCGCACGGCCACCACGGUGCUGCUGGUCAUCGUGGCCGCCAUCGGCUGCUGGGCGCCCUACUGCGUGCUGGGGCUGGCGGGCGCCACCGGGCGCCCGCCCCGCUCGCCCGCCUGGGACGCCGCGGCCGGCUGGCUGGCCUGGGCCAACGGGGCCAUCAACCCACUCAUCUAUGCUGCCCGCAACCCCCAGCUGGCCCUGCUGCUGGGCCGCCGGCGCCGCCAGGGUGGCGGGGGGUACCGCGGCGGUCGCCACGCCGCUGCCUACUUGGCGGGAAGGGGCGGCAGGCCUCCCGCGGCCGCGGCGCCGGGCCAGGCGGCCACGUGGGCCUGCAAGAACCCGGCCCUGCUGUUCUGCCGCGACGGGCGGCUCGACACCCCGUCCGACACCGCCCCGCCGGCCAAAGCGGGCGCCGCGGACACCAGUCUCUGAAGCCGGCAGCGACCGAGCGGGAGAGACCUGCCUGGCGUCGUCCGGCUCGGGACGCCUGAAGUAGACCGGCCGAGGAUGUCUGUGCGCGUCUGGCCAGGGGCACUUGGAUUAGUCUGGCCCAGGAUUAGCCGGUCUGGGAUGUCUGGACUAGUUUGGCCGGGGCGGCCCGAAUUUGACUGGCCUGGGGACACCUGGAUUAGGCUGCCCGGGGCUGCCUGGAUAAAUCCAAGACGUUGCCUGAGACCUUGUGAACGAGACUGGACAAAACACACGGGAGAUGGAAAACGCCUCGAGGGACAGCUGCGUGAUUUCAGCAAAGGGGCCCACAUGCCAGGCCAGGGAGCUCUGGAGAAAAGGUGGCAGCCAUCGCUUUGUGCGGCUCAUCCCCAAAGGGCAAAAAGUGCCGGGAGGAGGGUGAAGUGUGCCCCAAGCUGGCUGCCUGCCAGUGACUCGCUGCUAAGUAAGUGCCAAAACGCCAAAAUACUGACUACUGACACAUCCCACUGUGAAACUGCAUCCUGGCAGGAGACGUUGCUUUUCCCUGUUAGGUGCGGACAGCCUCAAAGCUCUGGACUGUGGUGACACGCAACAGCGUGAGGAGGAUCAUCGUUAAAUCACAAAUGAUGUAAAGCAAAUGGAGGUACCUGCAGACUUAAAAAAACACAAGGGCCACGUUGUUGAGGGGGAAGUGGGAAGGUGGGAAUGAAGUGCGAAUGCCGUGGGAAGCUGAGGACAGCUGUGUUGGGGUGUGCGAGAAUUUGGUCAGUCGAAGUACAGGCAGUCCUCGGAUUUACGACACAAUUGGUUCCUGAAAACUGUCUUAAGUUGAAAUGUUGUAACUCAGAACCAUUUUCCCAUGGGAAACAAUGUUAUAAAUGGGGGAUUGGUUCCUGAAACAAGGCCCGAUACCCUAUUUUCACCAAAAAUAAUCCAGAAUUUUGUACUCAAUCAAUUAUAGAUGAGUAAUAUAGCUACAUAAUGUAUUUGUAUUGUAAAUAGCAAUCAUAUUGAUUUGGAAGGAUCCUUUGAGGUGACUUGGCUGGACUUUUUGAAGGGCUCUUGGCUGGAGUCUUCUCAGGAGUCCUGGCUGCAGGUUUUCCUGGAGUCUUGUCUGCUUUCUUAAGGAAAGUGUCCAAGGAAGUUUGGACAGAUGUUCUCCAGGGAGAUGAGCGACGCAGCAAACUUGUUUCAGAUCAAGCGUCAUAAAGUCGAAACUGAUGUCAGAAAGUUGAAACGGUGUCAAUUUAUAAAAGUUGUAAGUGCUGUUUGUUGGAACUCAAAAUGUAAGUCGAGGACUGCCUGUAUUACAAAUGUAGGAACGGGGUCAGGCAUCGGAUGUGACAAAGCUCAGGACAAGGCAAGGUACAGGUUUGGAAGAGAUGUGACAUCCAGCGCGUGUGCGUGGUACAAGCUCCCUGCUCGAGAUGGACAAAAGCUGCUAAUAUUUCAUGCUGUUGAAGCAUAUUUCUGUAAGGCACUGGGGAAAGGCAUGUAUUGUGUCAAAGGGAAGAGAGAGAGCGAGCGCAAUCAUGGACCUCGUGUGUAUUUCAGGGUGUAAAAAAGUGGCUGGAAUGGCAGGCAUUGCUGUGCUAAUUGUAACACUCAGCAGACCCAUUAGCAUUUGAAACCUGGUUCUGAUUGCCAGGAUCAGUACUACUGAGAAACAAAACAGCUUCAGUGAAACGCACAUCCAGUUCUCUCUGGAUUUAUACUUUUGUCCACAGGCUCAGGAUCUCAAAGCCUUAAAUUAAUACUUUUAUUUGGAAAUAAACUAGAAUUUUGACCGCCUUUGCCCUUCACCAGAUUUAAAUCUGAAAGGGUAGCCAGUAGGUUUCCUUGUACCAUAUUUCACAAUAUCAUGGUAUCAUUGUUUUAUCAGCUUUUUCAACUGUUUGUGACUCAAGCGAAUGUAGAUCAUUAUUUUGUGAGACAAGAGAAAUAAAUGGUCUUUUAUGCAAGAGA